AUGUCUGCCGUCGCCCGCUCCGUCCGCCCCUUCGCCUCGCGCGUGCUCUCUCAAAAGCUCCCUCUUCCCGCUGCCCGCAGGGUUUCGCCCGCCGUGGGUUUCCCGCGGGGAAGUGCCAGGAGCUUCUCGCAGAGCCCAUUCUGGGAGGUUAAGAAGUACACUGAAACCCAUGAAUGGAUCGAGUUGGCCGCCGACGGUAAAACUGCCAAGAUCGGUAUCACAGAGUACGCCGCCAAGUCCUUAGGUGACGUCGUCUACGUCGAACUGCCCCAGGAGGAUCUGGAGGUCAGCGCCGAAGAGCCCGUCGGCGCCGUCGAGUCGGUGAAGUCCGCCUCCGACGUCCUCUCCCCGGUGUCCGGGAAGGUUGUGAAGGGCAACGCUGUCCUUGAGGACAAGGCCAACAUGAUCAACAAGAGCCCCGAGGCUGACGGCUGGAUUGCCCAGAUCGAGGUCAACGAUGCUGCGGAGCUGGAUGGCUUGUUGGAUGCCGAGGCUUACAAGGCGACCAUCGAUGAAUAA